GACCACAAAGACACGCUCAGCAGCAAGUAUCGGCUAGGACUCGCACUCUACAGUCAGAAGAAGUGCAGUGAGGGUGAAUGGUUGCUCCAACAAGCAGUGGAAGGGCGGGAGAGGACGCUUGGCAGAGACCACGAAGACACGCUCAACAGCAAGUAUUGGCUAGGACUCGCACUCUACGAUCAGAAGAAGUACAUUGAGGCCGCAGGGUUGCUCCAACAAGCAGUGGAAGGGCGGAAGAGUAUACUCGGCAGAGACCACGAGGACACACUCGCAGCCGUACUCUUGUUACAAGAACUGCAGCUGAAUUCGUCUUCACUCUCACCAACCAACGUUACCGCUCAGCAGGCCUUAGCUAGCCGAUUAGACAGCUUUUUUCUAGGGGGGCAGGAUAGCCAGGAAUCGUAUACUGACUCCAAAAUCAACGAAAUAUCAUCGUUGUUGAAGCACUCUAAUCUCCAAUGGAGUAAAGUGCCCCGCACGUAUGUCGUCCUUCGGACUAUUGAUCAUCUAAACCUCCUUAAUGAUCUCAUCGACGCCGGCUUCUCUGAUUACUGGUUUCCUGUUACCGAACGAAAUCUUCCGGAAUGUUUAAGUCCAAGCAUCCGAGCAAAAUUUUUCGUUGCCCAGCGGCUUGUAUUGACGAAUUCAAUGAGCCUAGAAAAGGGUGAAAUGGGACAGCACUGUCACUUUAAGCAAGGGGAGUCUCCUCCUUUUGAGCCGAAAGAAGUCCUAGGCAAUGGUGGGUUUAGUCAGGUCGACAAAGUUCUUAGUUUAAUCAGCUUCAAAGAGUACGCAAGGAAGCGGGUGCUUCGGAGCGCUGCCUUUAGGGGACGAAGAAUAGAAGAUAUGAAGCAAUUCAUCGCUGAGAUCAAUAUCCUAAAGCGCCUGAAGCACCACCACAUCGUAAAGUUUGUGGGAAGCUAUACGGACCCGAAAUAUAUUGGCCUAAUUAUGUCUCCCGUUGCUGAGAUGGACUUAGGCGCUUACUUGACACGCGCUACCAUUUCUAAUCAUCCCGAACUUCGAACUUUCUUUGGCUGCCUAGCUGGGGCACUCGAAUUUUUGCAUGAGCAGAAAGUCCGACAUAAGGAUAUUAAGCCAGCCAACAUCCUCGUAAACCAUGGGAAUGUCAUGUUUGCAGACUUCGGCUUGUCUCUCGACUUUACAGAUGCAAAUGGCAGUACCACCAUGAGCAUGGUGAACGGGAUGACCCCCAGAUAUUGCGCGCCUGAGGUCGCUCUGUAUGAACCCCGGAAUACGAAGUCUGAUAUCUGGAGCCUAGGUGUCGUUUUUAUGGAGAUGAUCAUUGUUCUAAAGGGCAGGACAGCUCAGUACAUGGAUGAGUUCUUUAGCCAAAAUGGAUCACGACAGAAGUUUAUUCGGACAAAUAUGGAUGCCUUGCCGGACUUCAUUGCAGAGCUAAGAGGGAUAGGGGGACUGUUAGACAAUAGAGCGCUUGGUUGGACCCAAGGGAUGCUCAUGCUAGAGCAGCAAUUACGUCCGACUGCAUCCUCUCUAGUCGCAUCUAUUACAGAGUUUGAGAAAGAAGAGGAGAGAGUGGGUUUCUUAAGGUCACUCAUGGAGUCCUGGGGUAACAGUUUCCGGCGUAAGAACUUUGCAUCGACUUUGGCAUGCUCUCUUGUAGGAGAUAAUAUCGAACUCCAGCUCUCCAGGGCUAGGAUUGAAAACGAAGAAUUCCCCAUUGACAUAGCCAAGGAGCCUCAAAGGGAGGAUGGUCGCCAUGGUGAAAAUUGUAUUGUCGCUAGGGUUGAUGUCGCAAAUUCACUAAAAGGUAAAAGGAGAAGUUCUGCCUUGCUGCCUCUCAGCGUUGCGGGUGGUCUGAUGCCACCGACACCGUAUUCAUGGAUGAUCGCUGAUUUUCACCUCUUUGAUUGGUCUCAAGUAUAUCUGCAGUAUUCUCAUUCCCACCAGCAGCUGCCAAGGAUACGGUUUGCAUGA